AUGACCAACGUCAGGAAUAUGGUGCUCCUCGGGAUGAUGGCUUGUGCCCUCUGGGCAGUGGUCAGUGCACAAGGCUUGCUGCCCGGCGAGGUGGAGGGAGCGCUCCUGGAGAGGCUAGGGUUGGCGGAGGUGCCGAGGCUCGGCAAGCGAGACCUGGAGAAUGUGGUGGUGCCAGCACGGGUCAGGAACAGGUACAUCUCGCUCCUACACCAGCACAAGGACAAGGAGAGGAAACGCAGAGCGCUGCCCAGCCUGGCCGGCAUCUUACGUGGCAUCCCCGGUAACACAGACACGACUGGAGAGGUACUCUACUCUGACCCCACCAGGCAGAGGCUAGUUUUCGAGAUGAAGGGACUAAUCCCUGAGAACAGCGAGGUGACCAUGGCCGAACUCAAGAUCUUCCAGAAAGGCAUCCACAAGGCAGACCUACCCCCAAGGAGACACCACCGGGCCGUCCACAACGCCAGGAUCAGUGUGUACUGGGUCAAGAUCCUUGCCGAUGGCACCAACAGGACCUCGCUCAUCGACUCCAGGUUGGUGCCGAUCCUGGGCUCAGGAUGGAAAGCCUUUGACGUGACUCAGGCCGUGCACUAUUGGCAGGCUACCGGGGACUCGCGGCUGGACCUGGAGGUGUGGAUCGAGGCCGAGAGGCUGGGCCGUUAUGCUGCCGACCUGGCUAAGCUGGUCCGCUUCACCCCCCAGACCCCCCGAGGCGAGACCCCCCGCAAACCAGAACUGGUGAUCUACUCCCUUAACUUCGGCGACUAUGGGGGUUCGGGUGAUUGCGUUGGACACCGAAUGAAGAAACAGGGGUCCUGCUGCCGGCAAGAGCACUUCAUUAGCUUCCGGGAGCUGACGUGGACUCAGUACUGGAUCAUCGAGCCUCCCGGAUACCAAGCCUUCCACUGCGUGGGGGGCUGCAAGCAACCGGCCUGGCCUUUCCGCUCCGGGGAGAGGAGUUGUGCUGUGCUCGAGAGCGCCUCUCUCCCCAUCAUGUACCUGGUCAAGAAGGGAGACUACACUGAGGUCGAGGUGGCUGAGUUUCCCAACAUGAUCGUCGAGAAAUGUGGGUGCGUCGCAGAUAAUGGUGCGGUCAUGUGA